CACGCGAAAGUGAACGAAGCAUGCACAGUAUCGAUACCCAGGUGUCUCCAUCACAAUCACAUGUUGAUACCCAGACUGGACAGACUUUGAAAUUGCUGGGAGAAAAUCAAGUCCCUGUCACAGUGUAUGGAUCACACCAGAUGGAACCAACACUGAUGUGCCACCUUAUAUGCAUGGAACUACUUAUUCCGCAGACUCCAGUCACACAGUGCCUCGGCUAUGCCUUUCCGAUAUAAGUGGUGAUGGGCCGUUAUCACAGCGUGCAUACCACGAGCCUGUACUUGACCAUGGUAUGCCUCUGCUGAGGUUACCACCAGAGGCACAGGCACAUUUAAGAAUGCCAAGAGCACGGCCCUUCCUCGCUAGAGAUGCAUGGAAACCGCAUACAGAUGAACAUCAGGAAUCUGUGACAGGGAAAGAGUUUUUCAGCAGACCUGAGCUGAAGAGGUUUGAAGAUGAAAUGAAAAGCAACAGGAAAUGGUAAAAUACCUGACAGAGUAUGGACAGGUCAAAGGCAAUGUUCAUGGCAAAAAGUUCUUCUCGGUUGCCGAGGAGAGUGAAAAGACUCAUAAAAGAGAACACAGCAAGGACAUUGAAAGUAAAUUUGAAGUCAAGAGGAAAGAAGAUUCCACAAUACCCAGGGAAAGAGGAUUUGUGCAUGCAAUGCCACUGCUAAGACUUGAACCUGGUUAUGCGCCCUCUAGACUCUUUGAUCAUUAUUAUAGUAUCAAUGACAAUAGACAUGUAACAAACUUACCUCCUGUUGAUGCAUCAAGGGAAGCCCUUCACAUACAUAACAAAGAAACCCCACAAGCUGACAAUGUAUAUACUUUUCCUCUACUUCACCUUGAUAAAGAAGCCUCUAGACCAUGGGUUGGAGGAGAAAUGAAUGGAUAUCAUCAUGGAGUUCCCAGGUUGGUUCCUCCGGAGGUCAUAAUAAACUACGAACAGCAGAAGUACCACAAGGAAAUGUCUAAGUUCCGUGGCGUGUACAGAGAGAAUGUGAAAAAUGCACACAUGCGUGAUUGGCAGAACAGACUUGCAUUUGGUGAUCAGACUGGUCAGAGUAAGGGCGGAUACUACCCUCAUCCUGAUGAGAUGGGACCAAUACAGUUAUUACAUGCUAAUAUUGAGCCAUUUGAAGCAGAAGGGGACAGACAUAAUAUUACAAGGAGGAGAAGAAGACGACAGAAAGACAAAGAUGGGAAGACCUCUAAAUCAAAAGAGACUGAAAGUGAAAGUAGAUCUGAAUCAACAAGGUCCCAGAGAACACCCAGGAGUAAAGAGCAUGAUGUAUCUGAUAUUGAUAACAACAGAGGAUAUGUCAUUCCACCAGGUUCUUAUAACUGUGAGUUGAGAUACAAGCAUGAUGUCUCCAUUUAUCCUACUCCAGCUGAGAUACACUUAAAUGCUAUCACUCAUAAAGAUGCCAAACCUAGAGAUCAUGGUGUCAACCAAGAUGUGUCCACUUCCAUGGACACCAAUGGUCUUGACGCUGCGGGCAAGAGUGUCAGAUUCAAAGAACCAGAUGAAGUAACUUCAGCGGAUGCAGUGAACCAGUAUUGUGAAGCAGCUACUGGUUUGUCAAGCACUGGCCAUGUUAUAGCACCUGAGAUAUUUUUUGGUUUGAGAUUUGGUCAAGCCAAAGAGGAACAAUCUAGUGUAGAUGAAGGCAAAGAUGAUCAACAAUCUGGCAGGUCAUAUAUCAAUGUUGUGGAUAUUGAUACCAGCAUAUUAAACAGUAUCCCUGAGAAAGAAGAUCAAGUAACUGCAAGACCGCCUGCACAGCCAACGUCCUCAGUUUCACCGAGAGCUGACGAAAUGGAACCCAGUAUUGCAGAGUUACAUUACAACGCUAUGAGACUUAAAGAUGGAGAUUCAGCCAUCCCAUCUGUAUCAGAUCGCUUGACUGUGCAGUUGUUGGAUGGUGGUAUGACAGCUGAUAGGUAUGUUUAG